AACUACUUCAGAAAUAAAAAGCAGACCGGCCAUCAAAUCAAAUCAAACUGAAGCUGAAAACUGAAAACUCCGAUGACGACAGAAGCUGUCACAAAUAAUAACCAGAAGCUAUCAAGGUUCAUGAAGUCUGGAAUAUACCGUUUCCAAGGUUCAAACGCCGUAGUAUUCGUGGAUCCAGUUCGUCUUCUUAACCUCUCAUACUCGCAUUUUAGGGUUACACCCUCUUCUUACUACUCUCGUUUCUUCCAACCCAAUCCCAGGGUUUCACAAAAUCAAACAAAACGAAAACGAAAACGAAAACAAAAAGAGCUUAAUCAAAGAGAACAAGCUGCCGAUGAACGUCAUCAGAGGGUGAAACCUUUGCUGAUGAAUGCUCACGAAUGUUUGCUAAGAGCUGAUGACCUUUUUCCAAGUUUGGGGAAAUUGAGAAUGGGAAAGUUUGAGCCAAAAUCAACGGUGGCAGGCGACGAACAGUCGUUUGUUGAGCUUGGGAGUGUAUGGCAGGCACCGUUGUUUGAGAUUUCUUUGCAUCUUAAUCCGGAUUAUAGGCUCACUGCAGAUUGCACAUCUCUUCAAAACUGUGAAAAAAAGAAUGUUCCGGCAUUCGGGAGCUUGGUUUCUAAUGAGACCGACAGUGACAUGGAGGCCGAUUUUAUGAAUCGCAGAUACAUAAUACCCAAACACAGUUCCUUCUACAUGUCUGAUUUGAAGCAGAUUCAUGGCCUAAUCCCUGGGAAACAUGAAUGUGGAUUCAAUCUUAUUGUGAUUGAUCCACCCUGGGAGAAUGGCAGUGCUAACCAAAAAUCGAAGUACCCGACUUUGCCCAAUCGAUACUUCUUGUCUCUUCCUAUUAAAAGACUUGCUCAUGCAGACGAGGGGGCGUUGGUAGCUCUGUGGGUAACCAAUAAGGAGAAACUGCGGAUAUUUGUCGAAAAAGAUCUGUUCCCUAAAUGGGGAGUCGAGUACAUGGCAACUCAUUAUUGGUUGAAGGUUAAAGCAGACGGUUCUUUGAUAAGUGAAUUGGAUCUCUUUCAUCAUAGGCCAUAUGAAUGCCUUAUCCUUGGUUACUGCUAUGGAAAGGAUGAAGAUUCCGAGUAUUUGUCAAAACUAAAAUCCAUUCCAGAUUGUCAAGUGUUCAUCAGCAUCCCUGGAGAUUACUCAAGGAAGCCCCCGGUUGGAGAGAUGCUGCGUGAGUACAUACCAGGCUUAGAACCCGCUCGUUGCCUUGAACUGUUCGCUCGAGAGUUGUUAGGUGGAUGGACAUCCUGGGGGAACGAACCACUUCGAUUUCAAGAUUCAAGAUACUUUUCGAGAAAAGACCCAUAAACAAGGCUUUUAACAUUGUUAGACCACCAUGACCUACUCACACAGCCGCGCCUUGAUCAUGGUCACAGAUAUUUGCACCCAAGUACUUUUACUUAUGAAUAGGUCGAUUUGGCGGGCCAACCAUACUGACCCGACUCAACUAAAAAUGACCCUGAACCUGUGACCCGUUACCCAACCUUGUGUUUCUUGAUUAUGUUUUUGUCAUUUGUUGAAUAAAAUCAAAGCUUUUAUAUUUUAUAACUAAA